CCUGACAGACGUCAGCACGAAAAAGAUAACAAAGCUGACAGCUCAACAUUGAAACGUUUACAUUUUUCUACGCUCCCUACCGAACACUUUCCGAAAAUGUUUCCCAAAGGGUUGACGUGUAGCGGCUCCGCGGCUUCUCUGCUACUGAUAGGGCUACUGAUUGGCCUCGGCGCCAAUUUGGACCGCGUAAGCGGCGACGUGGGACUGGUGCACCGGCGCUUCGAGUACAAAUAUUCCUUCAAACCACCUUACCUAGCACAGAAGGAUGGCACGGUCCCGUUCUGGGAGUACGGUGGUCAUGCAAUUGCCAGCUCAGAAAACGUGCGCAUUGCACCGUCCUUGCGCAGCCAGAAGGGAGCCAUUUGGACGAAGCAAAAGACGAACUUUGACUGGUGGGAGGUGGAAAUCGUCUUUCGGGUAUCCGGUCGAGGACGAAUCGGUGCAGACGGUUUGGCCUUCUGGUACACGUCCGAGAAGGGUAGCUAUUUGGGCGACGUGUUCGGUUCAUCCGACCGUUGGGUCGGUCUUGGUAUCUUCUUCGACUCGUUCGACAAUGAUAACAAACACAACAAUCCAUACAUUUCGGCCGUCUUGAACGAUGGUACGCGAAUGUUUGACCAUCAAAACGAUGGUUCAACGCAGCUUUUAUCGGGCUGUUUGCGAGAUUUCCGUAACAAACCGUUCCCGACCCGUGCAAAGAUUGAGUACUACAACAACAUACUAACGGUUCUGUUCCACAACGGCAUGACCAACAACGAUCAGAACUACGAAAUGUGCUUCCGCGCAGAGAAUGUUGUACUGCCGAAGGCCGGUUACUUUGGUCUAUCGGCGGCAACCGGUGGGCUUGCCGAUGAUCACGAUGUGUUCCACUUCCUGACCACGUCGCUGCACAUCCCGGGCCAGUUUAAGGAGGAACCCGCACCGGGUGAAGAUUCGGCUAAGUUAACGCAAGAGUAUCAGGACUACCAGAAGAAGCUCGAGCUGCAAAAGGAAGAAUAUCGCAAGGAGCAUCCGGAUGAACAAAAGGACGAUCUGGACAGUCUGUUUGAGGACUUCAAUGAGCGCGAGCUGCGACAAAUCUGGGAAGCGCAAACCAACACAUUUGAACAGUUGCGUACACUUAGCUCUAAGAUGGAUGAAGUGAUAGGCCGCCAGGAGCGUACGCUGAGUUUGCUCUCCGUAUCGGCACAGGCCGGUGGAGCGGCAGGCGGUGCACCACCGCCACAGAUUGCUGUUGGUGUUGGUGGUGGUGCGGCCGGCGGCAGUACGAUUAUGCGUCACGAGGUAGACGCACUGCUACAGAAUCAGAAUGUGAUGGUGCAAACGGUACGUGAAAUCCGUUCCAUCAUCGGCGAGGUACACGCACGUACGGAUAGCAUACUCAACAAUCAGGCACGAGCGCCAACGGCACAGGUGCAGGCCGGCGGAUACGAUGUGCAGAGCUUGAUGAAUGAAAUGCGCGACGGUAUGAACCAGGUCCGCCAAGGUGUGGCGGGAGUGGCCCAAAGGCUACAAUCGGGACCGCAGGCGGAAGGGCUCGCACAGUGUCCAACACAAAACUGUCUCAGCUUGACGGCAUUCCUGGUGGCGAUAGUGGUGCAGCUGUUGGUGAUGCUAGGUUACAGUAUGUACAGAGAUAGCCGGGAGGCUCAGGCGAAAAAGUUUUAUUAGCUAGCAAAAUAACUUAUUGAUCGUUGAUCGCGGUGGGUUGCUUUUUUUUUCGAGCGACAAAGAUCAAGCAAAAAGUAAAAGAAAAUGAAUGCAAAACAACAAACAACAAACCUGGCAGCAAACAGUUACGACCAUCGUGCGAUAUAGUGCAACAUACGUGUACCGUGACCACCGUUCUUUUUUUUGAUAUUGUUUUUGAUCGUCAUCCAUAAUUAUGUUGAAUGCUUUUUUUUCCUUUCGUGGUAACGAAUUACAAACACAUUCUACAUGCUGCAUCUCAAUUUGUUAUUGUUUUGUUAUUGGGAUGAAUUAAGAUUCCUUUUUACGGUGUAACAAAAUAGGUCUUGCGUGAAGAUAUUUUUGAAUGUUUUUCCACUUGCAUGACGAAAGUGCAUUUAACAAUAGGAGCUGCAAAAUAAUAGGUCAUACAAUAGAAUAGAAGUUUUGUUUUGUUUGAUGGCCAAACUUUGUUCCCUUUUGAUAGAAUUAUUAACUCUGUUUGAGGAGAAAGAUACACAAUUCCUUUAAAGAAUGAACGGUGAAUAACUCUUGUUUUGAUUGCUUAAAAGUGUUAACCAUUAGUUUGCAACACAGGUCAGGCCAAAAGGUGUCCAUCUCUUCCGCUAUCCUGGACACAUUAAACGGCUCAAAAGUUAACACAGAUGUUUACACGGAUGUACUUCUAACAUUCUACUUAAAGGUCACAUAGUCAGCCCACCAGGGAAAGAUGGGUAGAAAGAUUAAUCGACAAAAGAAAAAAAGAAGGAAAAAAUGAAACAAAACCUAGCUAAUUGCGUACUGGGUCGUUCUGGCGAUAAUUCGAGCGUUUGUGCGUACCAUCAUAUUCAUGAUCUUUGAGUUUCCCAUGUUAUUCUGCUGUGUUUAGUGUAGUAUCGAUUUUUUUUUGUCUUGUCAUCCAUAUACAAACGAAUGAAAAUGGAAAAUAAACAGUCUGCUACGAUUUACAAUGUACAA